AUGGACAAAGUCAAACUCACAAUCACACCGGUGGCCGCCAAAAUCAAAUCACUCCUUCCCACAAAGAAAGAUGCUUCGCCGGUUUUCAAUAAGCCCGUCAACACCAACUCAUGUCCGCACCAUCGCAUGUCGCGGCUGUUAUACAGCAUUUCCCUUACUAUGCUCUUUGCAAUCUCGAUAGCUGUGGUUACAUUUAAAGCAAAGUCAUACAGCUUCAUCGAGGAUAACCGUAUGACGGGAUUCGACUUCCAAAUGUCAGAAGGAGCUGGGCAAUCCGCACAGGAAAUCGUCGUGGCAACUCUACCACGCAGGAUGUAUGCGAUACCAGCGAAGUUGACCAUCAUCUCUGCCGCCAUGAGCAUCCUGAUUGCAGCGGCACAUCUGGGAUUUGUUGUGACCGAUUGGAAGAGGGGUAAUAGAACGCAAUCACAUGUAUUCCGUCGCAAUAUAAUGAUGUUUCACAUUAUUAAUGCCAUCGUUGUCCUCUUCGCUCUGGUAUCAAUUUACGUCACUCAUGCCAACUCAUCGCAUUUCCGCGACAACUACAUCAAUGUCCUUGCCUCUCGGAGAAACGCCACUCAAACCUACGUGCGGUACGACGCCGGCAUCUUCGACGUCGAGACCUGGACGUGCGAGCUUCAACGUGCCCAGGGUGUUGGCAUGGUUCAGGAUGACUAUGGGAAGCAAUGUGCGGACGAGAUCGCUGGUCGAGCCGUCAUGAUCCCGUUCAUGUUGCUUGCAUGGCUCAUCGCUGGUGUGGGCAUCUGGGGCUUCACAAAGGGUGGACGAAGGGGACCCGACGGCGAAGCCAUCAGAACCCAAGAAGUUGGCCUCGAAAUGAAAAAGAUGAACGCUACCGACGAAUAG